AUGGAAUCAUUCAGUUACUGGUCCCUCAAUGUUUGCAUAAAAAGCAGAACCUACCCCAGCGUCUGCGCGCUGCGUCUGCGCGCCUGGCACGCGCCCGGUGCGCACCCCGGCCAUCUGCACAAGGCACGCGAUGGCCCCUGCCAGUUCGCUCCUGUGGUCAUCUUGCCACCCCGGAGUGUUCACAAUGUCACUGGAGCGCAUGUUUACCUGUCCUGUGAAGUGAGGGCAGUGCCCACUGCAGUGAUCACGUGGAGGAAGGUCACACACUCUCCUGAGGGCAUUGAGGUGCUGGAGGAGUUACCUGGGGACCACGUCAAUAUAGCUGUCCAGGUGCGAGGAGGCCCUUCCGACCACGAGGCCACAGCUUGGAUUUUGAUCAGUCCCCUGAGAAAGGAAGAUGAGGGCGUGUACCAGUGUCACGCGGCCAACGCGGUUGGGGAAGCCCUAUCCCAUGGUACAGUGAUGGUCCUAGAUCUGAGCAGGUACAAAAGCCCCCGCUCCCCAGCUCCAGCUGACCGCCUGUGAUGGACAAAGGGUCUUAGAGACAUUGAUCAAGGAUAACAGAAAAGUCAACUGCUGGAUCUUUUUGCUUUGUGAAGACUUGGAAAAACUGUGUUUGUAGAUGACCUCUUUUGUAUGUUUUUAAAUAUUGGAUAUGAACUAGAUUUGUAAGCAAAUGUAGUUUUUAGCAUAGCAAACGG